AUGAACAAUCCUCAUGACUACCUUAUCUCAAGCGCCACGAGCGCGCCUCCCCGGCGGCCGAUCGAUCCUGACAAUGCCGAUAGUUGGGUAAUGCUCAACCAGGGCGGAUUCGUGAAGCUGGGCAACGAGCGGAUCCUGUGGAAGCUCGAUGGGCGCAUAUCCUGCGAACUGUCCGUCCCCCCGGAGCUAAGAGCUCGCUGCGUCCCGUUCCAUCGCAAGAGUGACAAGGGAGCUCUCUUCCUGACCAACAAGCGGGUCAUCUACCUCCCCGCGAAGCCGACCCAGGAGCCAAAGUUCGAAUCAUUCAGCGCGCCCAUCCUAAAGUUCCAGGACUCGACCACGUCUUCGUCCAUGUGGUGGGGAUGGGUCUGGAAAUCAGACUGCAUCCCCGUGUCGGGCGGCGGCAUCCCGCCGGAGCUGCCGCGCGUCGAGGUCAAGCUCACCUUCUCGGACGGCGGCAUGAUGGAGUUCAAUGAGGCGUACAUUGGCCUGCGAGAGCGCCUGUUCCAGUACCAGGAGAUGCGCAGGGAGCUGGACGCCAGCACCGAAGUCCCCGACGAACCUCUACCUGCGUACGAGGCCCAGGGAGACCGACAAGAGCCGCCGGCGCCUAGCCAGCUGGCCGUCCCGGGGCCGAACCGCUCAGACAGCUCCGCCAGCCGCCGCGCCCCCAACGAGCCGCCGCCAAAUUACGACGAGGCGCAAGCGCAGCAGAUCAGCAACCGCUUGGAGGAUCACAUCCGGAACGAGGUCGAUCGAGGCGCCGCAGACGAGUAG